AUGGCUGGGAGUAGAACAGAGCAGCGGCACCGAAGAUCGUUUCACGUGCACUUGUUUGUCAUUACAUUGACUUUGAUUCGCGAUGCAUCUUCACAGGGCUUUGAGAGUUUGGGAUUAACCUACGGUUUAAGGUCUGAACUUUCAGAGGAUGCUAUUCUCGUUGCCAAUAAUGGAAUACGAGUUCCUUUCGGGAGAUCUGUCUUUAUUGAUCCAAUCAAUGAUCUGGUUAUUCAAGUUCAGCCCGGAGACAAGUGCACCGUAACGGUUCUGGAUAAUGACCCACUGUCACAGAGACCUGGACAGCUGUCCCCGAAAAAGUUUCCUUGUGAAUUCGGUCCCAAUGAUGUAAAAUACUCGCAUUUUGGAUCCAGGAGCCCCUCAAAAGACAGAGUAAGACUUCAGCUCAGAUAUGACACUCAGACUGAUACAGUUAUCAUUCCCUUUAUGAUGGAGGUGGAGGUGAUUUUCACUCAGCUAGAGAUUCUCACCAAACACAUGCCUGUAGUUGUAGAAAAACUGCUUGGAUUGAGUAAUCCUAUUGAUAAGAAAAUCCUGGAGUUCACUUAUGACAGAAAUGCUCAUUUGUGCAAAGUUACAUCUCUGGCCAGUGGCAGCUCAUUGCCUCGAUAUGGAAAGCUGGUUGACAAUGGAAAAUUGGGGAAACCUGUAGACUGUGAUGAAUUUGUCAGGAUGGACAUUCGUUAUCAGCAUACUUUUGCACAUCGUUCCCCAAACAGAGAUUAUAUUCCCAUGUAUUUAGAAUUACAAGACAAAGAAGCGAAUGUGCUGAAGCAAGAGUUUUUCCAAAUUGUAGUGCUCAUAAAGGAGGGCGAGGAAAACACGGCUCCCAAACCAAGUUUUGUAGCAAUGAUGAUGAUGGAAGUCGAUCAGUUCGUAAUGACGGCUAUAACCCACGACAUGCUUGCUGCUGAGGAUGUGGAAUCUAAUCCUGAUGAUUUAAUCUUUAACAUCACUUCCCCGCUGUCCUUUGAGGAGGGCUACAUUGUGAGCACGGAUGACAGGAAUUUGCCCAUUACGUCUUUUUAUCAAGCAGACCUGAAAGAGCUUAAGAUAGCCUAUAAGCCUCCCGCUGUGGACUCAGAUGCGGAGAGAAUUUUCCAAAUUGAAUUUGAAGUUGUAGACACUGAGGGGGCUAUAUCGGACCCCUUUGCGUUUAUGAUAGUGGUUAAGCCUAUGAACACUCUAGCACCAGUUGUGACCCGUAAUACGGGGCAGCUGCUUUAUGAGGGUCAAUCCAGGCCACUGUCAAGCUCACAAAAUCUACAAAUUAGUGAUGAGGACAAUUUAGAUUAUGUUCAGAUCACGGUUAUUAAUGGGCUUCGCCAUGGAGAGCUCACAGUUCUGGGCUCCAGGCAAAAAUUCUUCACUCCAGCAGACCUCGAUGUGGGAAGCGUGAUCUACCAGCAUGAUGGCAGCGAUACGUACAGCGAUAAUAUCAUUUUCAGAAUGACAGAUGGCAAAAAUGAAGUUGAGUUUCUGUUUCCCAUUACAGUGGUGCCAACUGAUGACGAACCUCCUAUAAUCAAUGCCAACACCGGUUUGGUUUUGUUUAAAAACCAAAUGAUGCCUAUUUCUUCUUUAACGCUUAGUGCGGCAGAUAUAGACUCUGAGGAUUCAACUAUCAAAUUCAUCAUGGUGCCUCCUUACUCUAACAUCGGAGAAGUGAUACUUCGUCAAUCAGAUGCACCAGAGGAUCCGUCCACAUGGAGGUUCAACGCAGAGGAUGAGAUGUAUGAGAAAGUAGUGACCGAAUGGCUCCAGCAUGAUAUCACAGAAGGCAAGUUGUUUUAUAGACAUAUCGGACCACACAAUACAAAAACCAUCAUGGAUCAGUUUGUUUUCCGUGUGCAAGAUGACAAUGAUCCACCAAACCAGUCAGGAGAGAACUCUUUCAUCAUCAAAGUUCUCCCCAUUGAUGAUAUCCCCCCUGAUAUGUAUCCUGGGACCACCUUGCAAAUGACUGUUCAUGAAUACCAUCUCACUUUUUUCCGAAAGAAAUUCUUGCGCUACACAGAUUUGGAUUCUGACGACAGGGAUUUGAAGUACACAAUUACCCAACCACCCGCUGACACAGAUGAGAACAGCCCUGGCAUUCUGGGAAGCAUCGUUUUAACCGAGAGUCCAACUUUGGAGGUCAAUGAGUUCACUCAGGCGCAGAUAAAUCAUCACAAGAUUGCCUACAAGCCUCCCGAUCUAGAACUUGGAAUAACCCCACACGUGGUGCAGUUCCAAUACAAAGUCGAGGAUACAGCAGGAAACAGCGCCAGUGGAGUUUUCACCAUAUUUUUACAGCCUGUGGACAACAAACCUCCGCAGAUCACCAACACGGGCUUUACUUUGCAAGAACGAGGGAUGCACGUCAUCACACGCGCUGAGCUGGACACCACAGAUGCCGACACGGACAGCUCACAGAUUUUGUUUACAAUCACCCAGCCUCCACAGCAUGGUCAGGUCAAGUACACAUUCACCGACAUGACUAAAGGGAAUUCGUUUAAUUUGGAUGACAUAUCGAAUGGCAGAAUAUCUUACAUUCAUAAUGGGGAUGAGUCAACUAGUGAUUUCUUUCAGCUGGAUGUCAGUGAUGGUGUCCAUGUUGUCACAAUCACCGUCAGGAUCAGCGUAAAGCCUAUUGACGAUGAAGCGCCAAUCAUCAGCCUUCCAGAGGGAACUAUUGGCUCCUAUAUAGAUGUUUUAGAGAACGGAGCGACUGAGAUCACAACCAAUGUUAUUCAAGGUCGAGAUGAGGACACCGAUGACCUAAGGCUGACCUUUAUUGUGGAGGAUCCCCCAGUGUUUGGUGAAAUAUUAGUAAAUGGUGUGCCAUCCAAUAGGUUUACUCAAGCAGAUAUCAUCAGUGGUUUGGUAGUGUAUGCGCAUAAUACUGGAGAAAUUGGCUUGGCAACAAAACAAGACUUUUUCAAUCUGACACUCACCGAUAUGUCUGAUGAAUGGACAGUUGGGGGGAAUAAAAUCAAAGGGGUUCGCGUGCAGGUCACCAUUCUGCCAUUGGACAGUCAGGCUCCGGAGGUGUUCGUGGGCCCCCAGUUCAUCGUCGUAGAGGGUGAGAAAAAUGUUAUAGCAAUUUCGCACAUUAGCGCCAAUGACAUUGACACCCCUAAUGAUGAUCUCCUUUGCACAAUUAUUGUGCAGCCCACUUCAGGUUAUGUAGAAAACAUUUCCCCCGCACCAGGAUCUGAAAAAUCCAGAUCAGGGAUUGCCAUCAGUGCUUUCACCAUCAAAGACAUUCGGGAAAACCACAUUUAUUAUGUGCAAAGUAUUCAUAAAGGAGUCGAGCCAGUUGAAGAUAGGUUUACUUUCAGGUGUUCAGAUGGGAUCAACUUUUCCGAGAGACACUUUUUCCCAAUCGUCAUAAUCCCAUCCAAUGAUGAGAAGCCUGAGAUCUAUAUGAGAGAGUUUGUUGUGAUGGAGGGCAUGAACAUUGUGAUUGACACUCCAAUAUUAAAUGGCGCCGAUGCUGACGUUCCAGCGGAUGAGCUCACAUUUAUUAUUUCAAAACCUCCGAAACAUGGAUUUAUCCUUAAUCAGCUAACCUCAGGCACAAUUCCUGUCACAAACUUCACUCUCGAACAGAUACGAGAGGCUUCAAGUAUUGUCUACGAACAUGAUGAUUCAGAAACCACAGAGGAUAGCUUUGAAAUUCUUCUUACUGAUGGUAAAUUCACAGUGGAGAAAACCGUUAUGAUCAUGGUCAUAUUGGUGGAUGAUGAAACACCAAGGAUGGCGAUUAAUGAUGGCCUUGAAAUAGAAAUCGGAGAGGUCAAAAUCAUCAACAAUAAAGUGUUAAAAGCCACUGAUUUGGAUACAGAAGACAGCACUCUGACCUACAUCAUCCGUUAUGGUCCGAAUCAAGGUAUUUUACAAAAGCGAACACCAUUUGGACUAUUUGAGAACAUAACCGUCGGAAUGAACUUCACACAAAAUGAGGUCGACCAAGAUAUAAUUAUGUACAUUCAUAAUGGACAAGAGGGAGUUCGUGACCUUAUUAAAUUUGAUGUUACUGAUGGCAUUAACCCUUUGAUUGACAGAUACUUCUAUGUAACUGUGGGUGGGAUAGAUAUGGUGUUCCCAGAUGUAAUAAGCAAAGGUGUUUCUCUAAAAGAAGGAGGAAGGGUAACUCUAACCACAGAUCUGCUCAGCACCAGCGAUUACAACAGCCCUGAUGAGCAUUUGGUUUUCACCAUCACUCGUGCCCCAGUAAGAGGACACUUAGAGUGCACCGACAUACCAAGUAUGCCCAUAAGUUCAUUCACUCAGCUUCAACUAGCCGGGAAUAAAAUCUACUACAUUCACACUGCAGAUGAUGAGGUGAAGAUGGACAGCUUUGAGUUUGAAGUGACCGAUGGUUACAAUCCAGUUUUCCGUACUUUCCGUGUGUCCAUUACAGAUGUGGACAACAAAAAACCAGUAGUGACCAUUCACGGACUUAUUGUUAAUGAAGGUGAAAGUAAGCUGAUCACUCCUUUUGAGUUGACGGUGGAGGAUCGUGAUACAGCCGACCAGCUUUUAAAGUUCACUAUUACUCAAGUGCCUGUGCAUGGCAAGUUGUUGUUUAAUAACACCAGAUCCGUCACUUCUUUCACCAAGCAGGACCUGAAUGAAAACAUGAUCCGCUACAAGCAUGAUGGAACCGAGUCUGCAUCCGAUAGCUUCUCGUUUACUGUUACCGAUGGAACCCACACUGACUUUUACGUGUUCCCUGACACGGUUUAUGCCACUCGCAAACCCCAAAUGAUGAAAAUCACUAUUUAUUCAGUUGACAAUGGAGUUCCGCAGGUUGUGACAAAUAAAGGUGGCACAACCUUAAGAACUCUUUCUACUGGUCACCUUGGAUUUCUGAUCACUAGUAAAACAUUAAAGGCAGAGGACAGAGACAGCCCUCAAGGAGCAGUGACUUUUAAAAUUACAGUGGGAGCUGAACAUGGCUACCUGAUUGACCUGGGGAAAGGCAACGCCACUAUUACCACAUUCACCCAAGCUGACAUUGAUGACAUGCAUAUAUGCUACGUGCUUCGAGACGGAGUCAAUGCCACAAGCGACACAUUCCACUUUUCCAUUGAAGACCACGGGGGCAACAAGCUGAAAAACCAACAGUUCCGGCUAAACUGGGCUUGGAUCUCCCUGGAGAAAGAGUACUAUCAAGUGGAUGAGGAAAGCAAGUUUCUGGAGGUGCUUUUGAGACGUAGAGGUUACCUUGGCGAGACCUCAUUUGUCAGUAUUGGGACCAAAGAUGGCACAGCGGAAAAGGACAAAGAUUUCCGAGGCAAGGCCCAGAAACAGGUUCAGUUUAACCCAGGUCAGACCACCGCUAGCUGGAAGGUGCGGAUCAUGUCAGACAGUCUGUAUGAGCAGUCAGAGAUCUUCCAGAUCGUCCUGUCAGAGCCCGUCAUGGCAGCGCUCGAGUUCCCAGAGGCGGCGGCAGUGGAGAUCACUGACCCUGAAGAUGAGUCCACAGUGUUCAUCCCGUUGACUGCAUACUCGAUUGAGGAGGAUAUUGGAGAACUUUUGAUUCCUGUGCGAAGAUCUGGAGAUGUCAGUCAGGAGCUCAUGGUGGUCUGCUUCACACAACAAGGUACAGCCAAAGGCACGGUUCCCACUACGGUGCUUUCCUAUUCGGACUAUAUUUCCCGAGCUGAGGAGCACCACAGUGUGCUGCGUUUCGAUAAGGGUGAGACUGAGAAGCAGUGCCGUGUAGUCAUCAUUGAUGACUCCCUCUACGAGCCAGAGGAAAGCUUCAAUGUAACUCUCAGCAUGGCCAUGGGUGGCCGUCUUGGACAAGAGUUCAGCACCGCUAGAGUCACCAUCCUACCUGAUGCAGAUGACGCUCCAGUCUUUUAUUUCGGAGAAAUAGACUACCAUGUUGAUGAGAGUGACGGUAAUGUCGAAGUUCGGGUUUGGAGGACAGGAAGUGACCUUUCCAAAGCAGGAACGGUCACAGUGCGGUCACGAAAGACUGAUCCUGUUUCGGCUGAAGCUGGUGUGGACUACGUUGGAAUUAGCAAGAACUUGGACUUUUCCCCAGGCGUCAACAUGCAGACUUUCAAGGUUACAAUCCUGGAUGACCUGGGACAGCCGGUGCUGGAGGGCCCGGAGAAGUUUGAGCUGGUUCUCCGAAUGCCCAUGAACGGCAUAUUAGGAGAACCAGGAAAAGCUACAAUCUACAUCAACGACUCCAUCUCAGAUUUGCCCAAAAUGCAAUUCCGGGAUCCUACAUACACAGGUAAUGAGAAUGAUGGACAGAUCUCUGCUGUUGUGUACCGCAGUGGAGAUUUAAGCUAUAAGUCCAGUGUGCGCUGCUACAGUCGUCAAGCAUCAGCACAAGUCAUGAUGGACUUCAACGAAAGGCCAAACACAGACGCCUCCACCAUCAUCUUUCUACCAGGAGAGGUGGAGAAGCCGUGUGUCCUCAUCCUCGUGGAUGACACUGAACAUGAGGAAGACGAGGAGCUAAGGCUGGUUUUGGGAAGCCCCAAAAGUGAGUCUCCAUUCGGAGCCUCCAUUGGGGCUCAGAAUGAGACUCUCGUCAAGAUAAAGGACGACGCUGACAAGGCCAUAAUUAGGUUUGGAGCCACCAAGUUCAGCAUCAGUGAACCAAGUGAGUCGGGGCAGGUUUCAGUGGUGAAGAUCCCGGUGCAGAGGACAGGAGACAUAUCCAAAGUGUCAGUGGUCCGGGUUCACACAAAAGACGGCUCGGCUACCUCUGGAGAAGAUUAUCAUCCUAUUUCUGAAGAUGUGGAGUUUAAAGAGGGAGAGACUGAGCACAUCGUGGAGGUAGAGAUUCUGUACGAUGGAGUUCGAGAGAUGAGAGAAGCCUUCACCAUCCACCUCAAACCUGAUGACAACAUGAUAGCGGAGAUUCAAGUCACCAAAGCCAUCAUCUACAUUGAGGAAACCAACAGUAUGGCUGAUGUGACCUUUCCCUCGGUGCCGGUGGUGGUGUCUCUCUUACAGUAUGAUGAUACCAGCAGGACUAGAGAAACUCAACCAGCUGCUGGAUAUCCUGUCGUCUGUGUCACGUCAUGCAACCCCAAGUAUCCUGACUUUGACCGAACGGGCUCUAUCUGUGUUGCGGAGAACAUCAACAACACCCUGACCCGGUACCGUUGGCUAGUCAGUGCCCCGACAGGGCCCGACGGUGUGACCAGCCCCAUGAAGGAGGUGGAUUUCGACACCUUCUUCACCUCCUCCAAGACCAUCACAUUGGACUCGGUGUAUUUCCAUGCAGGCUCACGUGUGCAGUGCGCAGCUCGAGCUGUCAACUCUAAUGGGGAUGAAGGCCUGGAGCUCAGCAGUCCCAUCAUCUCCAUCAGCCAGGAGGACGGUAUGUGCCAGCCUCGGGUUGUUGGCACAGUUGGAGCAGAGCCUUUCUCUGCCAGGCUGCGCUACACUGGAGCAGAAGACCCAGACCACCCAAACCUCAUUAAACUGACUGUUACCAUGCCCCAUAUCGACGGUAUGUUACCUGUGGUCUCCACUCGGCCACUCUCCAACUUUGAGCUGACACUCAGUCCAGACGGCACCCGGGUAGGAAACCAUCGCUGCUCAAACCUGCUGGACUACACAGAGGUGAGGACUCGCUUCGGCUUCAUCACUGAUGCCACCCGCAAUCCAGAUGCCAUCGGCGGGACGGCACCGUACCAGUACAGCACAGCACUCAGAGCUCAAAACACCCUGAGGUUCUAUAGAAACCUGCAUCUGGAGGCCUGCUUGUGGGAGUUCGUCAGCUACUAUGACAUGUCUGAACUGCUUAAUGACUGCGGAGGAACCAUCGGCACUGAUGGACAGGUGCUGAAUCUGGUGCAGUCUUACGUGACGCUGCGUGUUCCUCUACAUGUCUCAUAUGUGUUUCAUUCACCCGUCGGCGCUGGAGGCUGGCAGCACUUUGACCUGCAGUCUGAGCUGCGUCUCACUUUUGUGUAUGACACCGCCAUCUUGUGGAGAGACGGCAUCGGCAGUCCACCAGAGGCUGAAUUACAAGGUGCUCUCUACCCUACCAGCAUGCGCAUCAAUGAGCAAGGCCGUCUGGUCGUCAACUUCCGUACAGAAGCACGUUUUCGAGGGCUCUUUGUCACAGCACAUUCAGCCUCUCCAAUGACUUCUAUGGUCAUGUGUGUGGAUCAUCCUGGACUGACCUUUAACCUGAGCUUGGUGAGGAGUGAACCGACAUACAACCAGCCAAUACAGCAGUGGACCUUCAUCUCAGACUUUGCCGUGAGAGACUAUUCUGGAACAUACACGGUCAAACUGGUUCCCUGCACUUCUCCUCCCAAUGUAGAGUACAGCUUUCGGCCUGUGUGUCAUCCCAGAGAGCCCAUAACCUUUGAUCUGGACAUACGCUUCCAACAGGUGAGUGAUCCAGUGUCAGCAGAGUUCAGUCUGAACACACAGAUGCUUCUGCUUUCAAAGAGGACUCUCUGGCUGUCAGACGGCUCCAUGGGCUUCGGUCAGGAGACUGACACUGCUUUCUCAGAGGGAGACAUGAUCUAUGGCCGUGUGAUGGUAGAUCCGGUUCAGAAUCUCGGGGACUCGUUCAUCUGUAACAUCGAAAAGGUGUUUUUGUGCACAGGAGCAGACGGAUACAUCCCAAAAUACAACCCAGACAACUUUGAGUACGGAUGUCUGGCUGAUUCACCGUCUCUUCUCUACCGCUUCAAGAUCAUCGACAAAGCUCAGCCAGAGACUCAGGCGAGAACAUUCGGCAGCAUUAGUUUCAAUGCUUUCCUGGCUGUAGAUGAUCCUCAAGCCCUGGCGCUGGUGAGACAGCCGGGCUCUGAUGGAUUUAGAUUGGAUUCAACAGCUCUGUUUCAGGUUUCGGCAGGCAGAGAAUGGUACAUCCACACCAUCUACACCGUCCGCUCCAGAGAGAACGCCAAUCGAGGCAUUGGGAAAAGAAGCCUGGAUUAUCACUCUCUAACACACAGCCACUCAAUUUCCAAAAGAUCAGCAAACGGCGUUCCAGAUUUGGCUCAAGAUAUCAGCGUAGAAAGUAACCGCGGCACAAACAUCUUACAUAUAGCGCUGGACCACAGCUUUCAGAAACAUCCCAGCCUUCACGAGGAAUCCCAAGCGGAGGGUAUCAUUCCCAGAGAACUGAACCAAAGGGAAACUAGCGAUGAUCAACUUGUCCUGAUCAUAGGAGUUUUAGUCGGUCUUCUCUUCUCCAUCCUACUGGUUAUUCUCAUCGUCAUUUUGGUGCGAUCUAAAAGAGAAAAGAGCGUCACUGAGUCGCCGAAAGGAUCUAGCAGCACAGAACCAAUGAUGACGCAAGUCUCCAAUAGCAACGACAGUUCAGAGGUUUGAUUGCAAAAUAAAAGUGGACGAUCAUAUUCAUGUUUCGUUUGAAAGUGCCUCGUUCAUUCAUUUGGCACGCAAAGACACAUAGUGGCUUGGAGUGGUCGCGCGCUACCUCUCCUCGGGAUUUUGACGGUCCGAAAGUGUACUUGAAACUCAGAAGCACUUCUGUUGUCACUGCUUUAACUGUUUGAAUUUUGGUUUGUUUUUGAUUUACUACUACUGCAUUGAUAUUCACCCAAAUUAAAGUUUUUUUUCUUUAUAUCCAAAGGUGCUAGAUGAAACGGUAUUAUGGGAAAGGACUAUAUUGUAUAAAUACAGUUUGUUUUUAGUCACUGAUCAUUUUUAAUGGCUUAUAAGGUUGAUUGAAUUUGAUUUUACCAUGUGCUGUAUGGGAGAUUCUUCUUUGAUGUAUAAUUGUUUUUUUAUUUUUACAUUUAUAUGUGUUUUUUUUCCACUGCUGUAUGUUUUUAUUUCAAUGUACUGUAAUACAGUAAUUAUUAACAUCCAACUAGAGUAUUAUCAAGUUUCCUCAAAAAGUGAAAAGUUUUAGGUUUUGGCAAUACAAAAGCACAUUUGUAUUCUUCUUUUUUCUUGUAUUUGAUAUAUUUAUGCUCACUAUCAAGUUUGCAUGGGUUUCUUUUUUUUCCCCUACACCUGCUGUGUAAAAAUGUAUUAUAGUGUAUUAUAAGGCAGAUAAAAUGUUUGGGAGAAAUGAAAUCAAAAGAUUUUGCCAUGUAACAUUUCUUUGUCGUCAGCUGUUUUUUUUUUUCGUAUGGAGAUUAUUGUCAUGACUUUUGUACCUGAAUGUGAUGCUGAUAAGCAUGGUAUCAAUUGAACAGUAAUGACAUAAAAGUUUUCAUUGCGAUGAUUCAA